GCAGUAGUUUUGGUUCUGCCUGAGCAGACAUUGAAAGCUGCUGACGUUAAAGGUAAGUAUUUCCACCUGGAGAACAACCCCAUAUCUGACUUCUGCCCUUCACUCUGGUCCAGUUCAGCAGCUCCACCCAGUUUGGCCAGGUGCCAGCUGGUUCUGGACUUGUCAUCUGAGCCCAGGCAGAGCUGAUGGUUUUGUGAGGCUAUUUUUAAGUCCAGCUCCUUGGACUAUACCCCACCCCCAGUUAUGCCACUGGUUGCCUACGCCUGCUUGUCCCUUCUGGAAUGCUGAUUGGCAGUUAAGGGCUGGGGUGGGGGCUGGGAAAACUGUUAUAAAGCUGAAAGCGCCAAGCAAGCAGUUGUCACCUGGAGCUGUGUCCCCCUGCCACCAUGGCCACCCACCGCCUAGUAAUGGUUCGCCACGGUGAGAGCUCAUGGAACCAAGAGAACCGAUUCUGUGGCUGGUUUGAUGCAGAACUAAGUGAGAAGGGGACUGAGGAGGCCAAGCGGGGGGGCAUUGCCAUCAAAGAUGCCAAGAUAGAGUUUGACAUCUGCUACACAUCAGUGCUGAAGCGGGCCAUCCGCACCCUUUGGACCAUCCUGGACAUUACGGACCAAAUGUGGCUGCCUGUGGUUCGGACCUGGCGUCUCAAUGAGAGGCACUAUGGUGGCCUCACAGGCCUCAAUAAGGCCGAGACAGCUGCAAAACACGGGGAGGAGCAGGUGAAGAUCUGGAGGCGUUCCUUUGACAUCCCACCACCCCCCAUGGAUGAUAAGCACCCUUACUACACUGCCAUCAGCAAGGAACGGCGUUAUGCAGCCUUGAAGCCUGGGGAGCUGCCUACCUGUGAAAGCCUCAAGGACACCAUUGCCCGGGCCCUGCCUUUCUGGAAUGAGGAGAUUGCCCCUAAGAUUAAGGAGGGCAAGAGAGUGCUCAUUGCAGCCCACGGGAACAGCCUUCGAGGCAUCGUGAAACACCUGGAAGGGAUGUCAGACGAGGCCAUCAUGGAACUGAACCUGCCCACGGGAAUUCCCAUUGUGUAUGAGCUGGACCAGGCGCUGAAGCCUACCAAGCCCAUGAGGUUCCUGGGAGAUGAAGAGACAGUUCGGAAGGCCAUGGAAGCUGUUGCUGCCCAAGGAAAGGCAAAGUGAGGGUGGACAUGGGCAAUAAAGUUACUUCUGCACAGUGCCAAAUUUAGUAUAGCCAGGCUUGGUCUGCCCAGCUCAACUCAUUAGUCACAGGAACUCCUGGGUUCAA